AAAUAAAAAGAAAGAAAAUCAAACAAACAAACGCCCGACAGAGAGUAAUAAUUAAAAAGAAUAAAUUUAGAAAAGGAAAAAAGCAGUUCAAUAACUUGGAAAAGAGAAAUCUAUUAAAGGCGCGGGAUCCCGGCGCGGGAUCUUUGGAAAACUAAGAGGAGAUAUAUAUAUCGGUACGGUGUACGUGUGCAUAUGCAUACGGUACCGGUACGGUAGAUAUAGAGUUGAAAUUGUUGGAUAAGCGCGAAGUGCAUGUUUAUAUUCUUGUUGGACCUGAUGCGUGAAAGCUAGUUUUCUUUGCGGCUUUUCAUUAUGGAGAACGAAGAUCAAGAUGUAGUUUCUAUGGUUGAUGUAUUGCAGCAAGAUAAUGAACUUGAAGAAGAAGCUGCAGCAGUUCUUGGCGAUAGUGAUGAUAAAUGUUGCACAUACCCGAUGGGUUAUGUGAGCAGACAGGCUCUCUAUGCUUGUUUGACAUGCAGAGGCAAUCAAGAUUUCCUGGCUGGUAUCUGUUUAGCUUGCAGCUAUGAAUGCCAUGAAGGUCAUGAAUUUGUGGAGUUAUACACAAAGAGGAACUUCCGUUGUGAUUGUGGGAAUUCAAAGUUUCCCAACUUGACGUGCAAGCUUUUCAAAAUUAAACAGCUAGUGAAUGCAGAAAACCAAUACAAUCAUAAUUUCAUUGGUGCCUACUGCACGUGCAAGAGACCCUACCCUGAUCCUGAUGAUUCAAUUGAGGAUGAGAUGAUCCAGUGUGUGGUUUGUGAAGAUUGGCUUCAUGGGAGGCAUCUUGGCUGUGCCAGUGUACCAGACAGUGAUGGCUACCAAGAAAUGGUGUGUGAGGCAUGCAUGGACAGAUGUAACUUUCUCUGGAACUAUAAUCUCCACAGUGUAGAAACAAAAGUUGUCAAAGAUGAAACCUCUUCUAACAUAGAUGUGACCACUAUGGAAGAGAAGGAACCUAGUUUGAUUGAAGCGACAGGUGGUCCAUCUGUUAAUAACUAUUCAGUGGAAACCAAGGAGGUAGCCUCAACAUCUUGUGAUAAUGUGACCAUGAACAAUGAAGCACAGAGGGAAGGAACCGAUCCCCAGAUAUCAAUAGAUGCAGAGACAUCGGGUGUAGCUUCUUCUAACAAGGUGUCAUCAGUAGUGGAAAGGAAAGGAGAUUUGUCAAGCAUUCCUGGAUCAGAUGGUGUAUCGUCUUCGACAGACUCCAUGAAGACUCCUGAACAGGUUUCUGGUGAAGGAGAUGCUACAAGGACUGAUACCUGCCAGGAAAGCAGUAUAGCAAGCAGUGGUCAUGACAGUGACACUGCUAAAGUGGAGCCAUCAGCUUCAAUACCUACAACUCUGCCAUCAGCUGCAAAGGAUGAAGUCUCGACAUCCGAGACUGCUUCAUCAUCUUCAAAUUCUACAACGUUGCUGACUCCUAGUGAAAGAGAAGUUCAUACAGAAGAAAAUGUAAAGGUUUCCAAACAAGAUACUGCAGAGGAAGACAAGAACUUGAAAACUGAUGAUUGCAGACUUAAGCAACUUAGCAACAGAACAAUUGAAAGAAAUAAAGGUGCUGUUUUCUGGCCAAUGGGGUGGAGAACCAAGCUUUGUACCUGUCCAGAAUGCAAGGCAAUGUAUGACAGACUGAACGUGAGUUUCUUGCAAGACCCAACUGAUUCUGUAGCAGCGUAUGAAGAGAGAGGGAAAGGCAAACGUAAGAGGUCCCAAUACGAUCAAGGGAUGGAAGCACUCUCUAACAUGGACCGUGUUCAGCAAGGCGAGAUGAUGCAUGGCUACCGUGAUAUGAAGUCGGCUCUUAGUGAUUUUCUGCGUAGCUUUGCUGAACAAGGAAAGGUGGUGACAGCCAGUGAUAUCCAGGAGUUCUAUGAAAGUCUGAACAGGAAACGGCAGAGAGUAGGAUCAGCAACGAGCAUGCAGUACAUGUGUCGCUGAAUGAAUUGAUCAUGGCUAGAAGACUGACCCAUGGGAUGAAUCGUAGUAAGAGGAAAUUCUGAGGUGAUAUGUCAGGAAUCUGGCAUGUAGCAGGUUUUGAUAUUCCAUGUUGAAAUUAAUACAUAGCCAGAAUGUGCUUUCAUGAUAAAGGUUCUACAUAGACAUUGCUUUAUGGUUGGUAUCUUUAAUAUUGUACAAGGAAUUUCAGCUGUUAACUCAAAAAGCCACAUUUUUCAUGUUACUCCAAACUUGAAACAGAGGAGGCAGCUGCUCGGCCAGUGCACACAGUUUUAUUAGUAAUAACUUGAUAAUGCCAUUUGUCUACACUCUAGAUACCCACUUAUCCUACGAAAAAAAAAAAUGAACUAUGCUCCUUUUUAAAAAUAUUCUGAAAGGGUAUUACAAAAUUUUUUUAGUUUAAUUUUUCUCAAAAAAAUCUCGGUGAUAGUUCUGUGCACAGAAAGCUAAUUGCAAGAAAUUACAGUAAUGAUUUUGAUAGAAAGGCUUCAAAUUUAUUAUUAAUAGUUACACCAUCAGCAUCACUGACACAGAUUAGCACACAUGGUCAUGUGUAUUACGACACAAGUUGAAGUAUACAGAAAAGAAUUGUUAAUCUGACAGAAUGCCAUGCUAAUUUUGCUCAUUUCACAGUAAUUAUUACUUCCUUAUGGAAUCAUUUGACAUGUUCAGGUAACUCUGCCUAAGUUUAAGUGUGACUUAUAGACCACACGUUAUACUUUGAAUAUUGUACCGUUUUUCAUUUUCAUGACUCAACUCUUGUACCUACCUGACUUUGUGUUACAUUUUAGAGAGAAAAAUCACUGAACAGGGAUUCAUAACUCGUCAGUGUCAAAAGUUACACAUUAAUUAACUUCUUAAAAUUUUAAAAUGUACAGCGCCCUCUUGUGUUCAAGCAGUUAUGCCUGUAUUGCCUCUAUGGUUUCCUAGUAGAUAAAACUUCAUCAGAUUUGCUUUAGAGAGUUUUGUUUUCUUCACAGUUAUGGACAGAAUGUAUAAUGUCAUAACAAUUUAGAAGGUAUAUAACCUUAGAUUAAAGAAAAAUUAUGGAAGCUAUGAAUUUCUUGGGUUUUUUAUUAAUCCAAUAAUAACGUGUAUGCCUUUCAUUCUGAUCCGUUCCACAUGAUUUCUAACUUCAGGAUGGACUUUUCUUUGGCUUACUUCCCCCCCCCCCUCCAAAUGAAAAUAUAUAUCAGUGAAUAAAAAGAAAAAAUGCAGAGGAAGACAUUGUGAUGUUUAGAUAAAUUUUGUUUUGGGUGUAACAAUUUGUGCCCAUUAGGUUGAUAACUUAUAUCAAUAGUUCAAUGGUUUUUCUGCAUAGACCAGUAUCCAGGCUUUACAGCAACUUAAUAUCCCAGAAAUUACACCCCAGUCCCCCCUCCCAGAAAACACACACUGACACACACCCUCAUACUCCCACACACACAGUGUUUUCUACCAAAGAGUACAAUGACUAUCCCCCUUAUUUUGCCUUUUCUUUCAUCUCUCAUCUGUGCACCUGGUUGAAUUUGAGCACUAAUAACAAAGCUUGUGGUUGGCUAAUGACUUAGAACACUUUGUUUCUCAUUGCUUUAUACACCAUUAUAGCAUUUUUUCCUUUUUUAUUAACAAUAUGGUCCCAGCUAUAAAGUAAGUCAAGGUUCUCCUUUCCGGAUGAAAACCAGGGAGUGUUAUUAAGCGAACACCCUGGUGUUGAGUUCUCUAUAAUAGGAUUUUUACAGUGUUAUCCCACAAUUUGCUCAUAUAACAUAACAUUAGUUCAGGUGAGAAGAUACCAAAUCAUUGUUAACCAUUCUCAGCAACUCUUUGUCGACUAUAUUUCUGAUGCUUUUAUGUUUUCCAGAAUUUUUUUUUUUCUGUAAUAUUAGUUCUAUAUGACUACGCCAUGAGAUUUUCAUUGAUUAUUACUCUCAUUUCAAUUGGUUUCCAUUUAUAUUGAUAUCAAUAUUCACAUCCUGGAUUUUUCUUAUUCCCUGUCUUGUACCCAGCACAAUAUAUUCGGAUUUGUUUACAUUUAAAUGUAAAUUAUUAAGAACAAGCCAUUGCCUUACAUAUUCCAGAUCUUCAGGUUGCAUUUAACUUCAAUCUGAUAAUAUAUUGAUCAUGUUUUUAUUUUCUACUAAAUACAGCUUCAAGAGCAUCAUAAGUAUUUCUCAUUAAUAGAAUACAAAUUACAUAAGAAAACAUACUGUUGACACAAAAUAAUUUUCUUUGUCAUAUUCUUAACUUCACACCAAUACAUGGACUCAGGAAGAAACAUCAAGUUCUUAAUGGAAAUUUAUAUUUUUCUCAUAAGAUAAUGCAGAUUGCAUUACUGUACUCUACAAAUAAAGAAGCAUGAAAUGUUUACAUCAAAACUAGUUUAUCUUACAUACUGUUAGAAUACUUUCCUUCAACUUCUUCUUUUUUUAUUUGCUAUGACUCUGAAAUGAACCAUACAUGUGUAGCACUAACAGUUUGAACUAUAUAUCACAUUAUGAAGCAGCGUGGUAUAAUGCUGAUCCAUUCUCAUAGACAGCUGUGCCUAUGCAAGGAUCACAAGCUUGGAACUGAGAGUUAAGGUAGAACUCUAGAGUUUGCCCUUCCUCGCUUUUUCUGCACUUCACAAAGUGAACUGCCUGUGUUCUCGGAAUUGCUACAGUGCAAGAGAUCAAAUUCUGCAGACUUCAUGAAGAGGACAUUCACCUUUAGAAUUCUGUUUGCAUACACGGCAAACUUUUCGGCUGUUGAUGACUUUUCUGGCACAGACAUCUCUAUAGACAGCAGCCUUCACAGUACCUCCAACAGCGUCAAUGACACCCUUUCCAUGAUGGCUUUCAAAGAAGCUCCAGGUUACUUCAAGGGACUCUGCAUACCUUGUGAGAAGGGAAAAGCAAAAUCUGGACUUAAAUUGGGCAGCCCAUCAGUCACUCAAGAAAAUGGACAUGCUUCAGGUCAAGAAAAAUCUGUUUGGCCAAUUCAAUCAACUUCCGGUUGCACUGAAAGGCACCAAACUUGUUGUGCUUAGUAUUAUCUGACACCAUGACGCAGGUCUCGGCAUAGGUUGGUUCUUGGACUCUGUACCAGUAGCAUACUGUGUAGAUGGAGAAAGCGUCAUGUCCGAAGUAUGCUGAUUGAAUUUCAUGUUGCUGUCUGUUUUCGUAGUUUUCACUGUAGUCGACUUGGAUAAGAACUUCAUCUGCCUCCAGGUGCUGACGUUUGUAAGACAUUUCAGCAUGCUGUCUCGGUCAAUUAUAGUGAUGACGCUUGAAAUCAAGGAGCUGUUUUGUUAACUCUCUACAGGCUAGCUUCUUUACCCUUGCUUUCUACUUGCACCUUCUCUGGAUAGUGUAUGCCUUCCUGCUUCUUCCACUGGUAGUAGGUCAAAUGAUCCACCUCCUUCAGUGAGUCAAAGCAACUGGAUAGGGCUUGGAGACCAGGACAAGCAUCACAUGUGCCAUCAACUCAGUCUGUGUUUUCAGGGUUGCAUUGGAUGAGACUCAUCAGCAAAGAUUUUGAUGAAGUGGGUGAGGCAAAAUUCCUUUGCAUUUAUUGACUGGAUGAGGAGAUCCAUAUUUUUGCACUUUGGACACAGGCAUAGAAAUAGUUGUUGAAUGAUUAGCAUGACAUAUGUUCUUAAAAAAAUAUUUGAUGAAUGGUCAUAGAUCUCUGAAAGCUUAAGUUGAUGUAUUAAACAAAAUUCUUUACUUUUAAAAUGAAUAGAAAUACGUACCAGUCUUAUUUCUUUGCCUGGCGUAAUCACUUGCCUUUUUUUUCAAGUCGCUCCAGGACUGCCUCAGGUUGGAGGCAGUACGACCAGGACAGCCAAGAGCCGCUAGCUGCUCUGACAGCUCCUCCCAUGCCUUUCUUCUUGUUUCUGCAACCUUUAUUUGAUAUGCAAACACACCAAAAAAAAAAAGUUUUUCCUGCAGUAAACUAAAUUUACACUCUUAAGUAAAAAAAAAAUAUGUAGGGUUCCUUAGGGUUGAUACUUUGUUUUUACGCUGCUGUUGUUUUCAUACACGGUCUUUGUUCUGCAGUCUCUCUUUAUUCAUUUCCCUGUAUAUCUUCUGUCUAGUUGUGUGAUCUUUCUUAGGAUGAUUUGGCGCCAUUGCAUUGGAUGAGACUCAUCAGCAAAGAUUUUGAUGAAGUGGGGGAGGCAAAAUUCCUUUGCAUUUAUUGACUGGAUGAGGAGAUCCAUAUUUUUGCACUUUGGACACAGGCAUAGAAAUAGUUGUUGAAUGAUUAGCAUGACAUAUGUUCUUAAAAAAUUAUUUGAUGAAUGGUCAUAGAUCUCUGAAAGCUUAAGUUGAUGUAUUAAACAAAAUUCUUUACUUUUAAAAUGAAUAGAAAUACGUACCAGUCUUAUUUCUUUGCCUGGCGUAAUCACUUGCCUUUUUUUUCAAGUCGCUCCAGGACUGCCUCAGGUUGGAGGCAGUACGACCAGGACAGCCAAGAGCCGCUAGCUGCUCUGACAGCUCCUCCCAUGCCUUUCUUCUUGUUUCUGCAACCUUUAUUUGAUAUGCAAACACACCAAAAAAAAAAGUUUUUCCUGCAGUAAACUAAAUUUACACUCUUAAGUAAAAAAAAAAUAUGUAGGGUUCCUUAGGGUUGAUACUUUGUUUUUACGCUGCUGUUGUUUUCAUACACGGUCUUUGUUCUGCAGUCUCUCUUUAUUCAUUUCCCUGUAUAUCUUCUGUCUAGUUGUGUGAUCUUUCUUAGGAUGAUUUGGCGCCAUUGCAUUGGAUGAGACUCAUCAGCAAAGAUUUUGAUGAAGUGGGGAGGCACAAUUCCUUUGCAUUUAUUGACUGGAUGAGGAGAUCCAUAUUUUUGCACUUUGGACACAGGCAUAGAAAUAGUUGUUGAAUGAUUAGCAUGACAUAUAUUCUAAAAAAAUUAUUUGAUGAAUGGUCAUAGAUCUCUUAAAGCCUAAGUUGAUGUAUUAAACAAAAUUCUUUACUUUUAAAAUGAAUAAAAAUACGUACCAGUCUUAUUUCUUUGCCUGGCGUAAUCACUUGCCUUUUUUUUCAA